CUCGCGUUUUCUUCACAAGGAAUCCAGAUCGAUCGAGAGAGAAAGAAAGAGAGAACAAUGGGCAACGCUCAAUCUCCAUCAUCGAAGAACCCUAGAUCCGUGACGGCGAGCAGGGCAUUCAGCAAGCAAGAGCUCGAUGAUCUCCAAUCCCUCUUCGUCUCCCUCGCCUCCCAGUCCAAGAGCUCCUCCAAAUUCAUCUCCCCCUCCGUCUUCCAGUCCUACUUCAAAAUCCAUGGCCCUCUUUCUUCUCGGUUGAUCGAUCUCAUCACCCAGAACCGCCGCGACGGCAUGCUCACCUACGAUGAUCUUCUCAUCACUAAAGCGACGUACGAGAAGGGAACGAGGGAUGAGAUCGAGGAGUUUGUUUACCAGCUAUGCGAUGUCACGGGUGAUGGCGUGCUUUCAAGGUUUGAUUUGGAAGCUGUAUUGGCUUCUAUCCAUGAUGCUGUUUUCUCUCCGGGGAACGUUGGAUCGAGCUCGAGCUUGGAUCGGGAUGUCCUGCAAGUGUUCCUCAAUGCGGCAACGUUUGCAAAGCAGGGAGAAGGGGCAGAUAGUAUGUCUUUUGCUGAUUUUAAGAAUUGGUGUGCUGUUUUGCCGUCGGUGAGGAAAGCUCUUGGAAGUUUGUUGACGCCUCCUGAUCCUAGCAUACCAGGCUUUCAACUUCCGCAACUACAAUAUCCUGAAGAUAUAAGUUCUGAUAUGCUUAUUUUGAGGAAAGAGGAUGCAUGGCACAUUGGAGGAGCACUUUCUCAAAGUGAGGCAGAGGAGUGGAAACUUUUGUAUCAUAGUGCAAUUAAUGGCCUGAGUUUCAACACUUUCAUGGGCAACAUAUCGAGCGGAGACGGUCCAACUGUUCUUGUUAUAAAAGACACUGAAGGUCAUAUAUAUGGAGGAUAUGCUUCUCAGCAAUGGGAGAGACAGAGUGCUUUUUUUGGUGACAUGAGAUCCUUCCUGUUUCAGCUUUACCCUAGGGCAUCAAUUUUUCGGCCAACAGGAGCAAACAAUAAUCUGCAAUGGUGUGCUGUGAAUUUCAGCUCAGAUAGUAUUCCUAAUGGCAUUGGGUUUGGAGGACGCGAAAAUCACUUCGGUCUGUUCAUUUCUGCUAACUUUGAUCGGGGACACACAUUUUCCUGCACCACUUUCAACAGUCCAUGCCUCUCCAAGUCAAGCCAGAUAGUCCCAGAAGUGAUUGAAUGCUGGGGAACUGUGGUGAAAGGAUUGCAGAAUGAGAAGGCAGAGCUUCCCAAAGGCACAGUCCUGGAAAGAUUCAAGGAGGACCGGAACAUGCUCAAGAUGGUUGGUCUUGCAAAUGCUAGUGAGUGAAGGUCUUACCCCGGAAGAAAACUAUUACUGACCACACAAGGGAUUAGCAUGGGCAAUUUAUGUAAGUCUUCAUAAUAAUGCAAACCUUAGUGUGGAUUUGCUUUUAUUUUUUACCGCCAUGUACAUAGACUAGAAAGUUACCACUGAACUUGCAAAGCCAUGUUGCGUGUUUGAUUUUCGAAGUUGAUGAAUGUUUGUGAUCUCGUCCACUUCUAGUCUCUUUAUAUAUUACAAGGUUUGUUAAUUUGAGGUGA